AACUCUCAUCUUGACCAAGAGAUAGCAACGCAAACUGCCUGCCGCCGUCAAGGCUCAAGCCCCACCCCUUCGCCGGCCAUGGAGGCCUCCGCCGCCGCCGCCGCCGCCGACGGCGAUCCGUACGUCCCCAUCUACAUCUCCUCCGACGAGGAGGACGGGUACGCGCAAGCCUACUUCGCCCGGUCGUACAGCCCUGAGGAGAUCGAGAUCCAGGAGGCCAUCCUCCUCUCCCUCGACCGCUCCCGCGCACCGGCCGCCACCGCCUCCUCAUCCGCCUCCCCCUCCUCCUCUCGCCCCGACGGCGUCUCCGACCCCCGAGAACCCCCUCCCGACCGCAAGGGGAAGCGCCAGAUUUCGUCGGAAGACGGGUCGGGCGACCGCAAGAAGAAGCGCUCCAAGCGCGGCCGCUUCAACUGUGCAAUCUGCUUUGAGAUGGUUGAGGUUUCGGAGAAGUUUGCUGUGAGCCACUGCGCCCACGCGUUCUGCAACAGCUGCGUCGGGAGGUACGUCGCCGGGAAGAUCGCCGAGAACGUGGCCGUGGUCGGGUGCCCUGACCCCGAGUGCGAGGACGGCGUGGUCGAGAUGGAUCUGUGCCGGGAUAUUGUCCCGCCUGAACUGUUUGACCGGUGGAAUGUUGCGCUGUGCGAGAAUCUACUGGGGGAUGAUAAGAUGUACUGCCCGUUCAAGGAUUGCUCAGCUCUGUUGAUAAAUGAUGGGUUGGUAAAGAUCAGGGAAACAGAGUGCCCACACUGCCACCGACUGUUCUGUGCACGAUGCCGCGUUGCGUGGCAUGAUGGGAUCAAAUGCAAGGAGUUUAGGAAGCUUGGAGAUGAUGAGAAAGGGGAGGAUGAUCUGACGCUUAAAAAGCUCGCUAACAAGAAGAAAUGGCAAAGGUGCCCCAAGUGCAAGAUGUACGUCUCCAGAACGUCUGGGUGCUUGCUAAUAAAGUGCAGGUGUAAGCAGUACUUUUGUUACCAUUGCGCCGCCCCUAUGGACAAGACCACUCACUAUUGCGAGAAUUGCAAGCGCUAGACACCAUGCAAACUCUGUAGUCUGUACAUAGCUUUAGGUAAUAUCUAAGUAGACUGUCACCUCCUUGGUAGUGGAAGCUACCACCAGCUUCCAUCCUUCGUGGUCUUGCUUAACUGAAAGAGUUCAUGUGCUCAAGUGAUCUCGUAAUCCUGCAUCUUUGAUAUUGAUCAAUUCACACGAAGGCUUUUAUGUUACAUUCUCAUAUGCAGUUAAGUUCAAUUCAGUAUAUCACAAAAAAAGCUAGGAAAAGCAUUUUAAUUGUAUAUCCUUGUUCAAUUGGUUUCAUUCAGCUGCAAGAUAUGGCAGCUUUGGUCGAUUAUUAA